AUGGAUGAUGAAAUGAGUACCAUCCUAAAAGAAGGUCCGAUAAAGAUUGAGAAAGAGAAAGGUGCAUGGACGGCUGGAGACAGGAGAAGAAACAAACUAGACAACCAUUGCAAGAGACAUAUUUUUAAAUCUCUGGACAUCAACACUUUCGUCAAAGGAAACGAAAAGACUAAGGAAAAUAAGAUACUGGUGGCAACUCAGAAGUACGAGAAUAUCAUAAUAAAGCCAAGAGAAAACAUGAAGGAAUUUAGUGAUCGGUUCACCAGUGUGGUAAACGAGUUUUAUACACUUGGAAAGAGAUACGAUAACAAGGAAAUCAUUGUUAAGGCAUUGAGAUCUUUAUCAAGUGCAUGGGACAUAAAGACCAUGGUGAUGCGAGAAUCAAACAAUCUCGCAAAUUAA